CUGUACACGCUCUCCCUCGAUAUUUCCUGGUGUAUAUAAACCCGUGUUUCCGAUCCUGCGUGUAUAUCGCGUCAUCUUUUGCUUCUCGCCGCGUCUACUAGAUUUCUAACUGAGCUUGCGCAGAUUACAUUAGAAAACCAAAUAUGGAUGCCAAUCUCUCAGACGACGAAGUCCCAAGCCUUGUACAGCCUGGGGCGAACGCUAAAGUCGUGAACGACCAAGGUGAAGAGAUACCCGAGCUUGUCACGAGCGCGGACGACACACCACAGAGCAAAGUGCCCAUCACUAUCGUCACAGGCUACCUUGGCGCCGGCAAAACAACUCUACUCAACUAUAUCCUCACGGAGCAACAUGGGAAGAAGAUUGCAGUUAUCUUGAACGAAUUCGGCGAUUCAAUCGACAUUGAAAAGCAACUUACAGUCUCCGACGCCGACUCGACCUCCGCAUCACCAGUACCUUUCGUCCCGCUAGCUAACGGCUGCAUAUGCUGUUCUGUGAAGGAUGUCGGUGUCGCUGCCAUUGAGAAUCUCAUGGAGCAAUCAGGUCUUUUUGACUACAUCUUACUCGAAACGACCGGCCUUGCGGAUCCAGGGAACAUUGCACCAAUGUUCUGGUUGGAUGACGGGCUAGGGAGUAGUAUCUUCUUGGAUGGAAUUGUGACGCUUGUGGAUGCGAAGAACGUGUUGAAGAGUUUGGACGAGGGUUAUGGCGACGAGGAAAAGAUGGAGAAGAGAAAAAAUGAGGGACAUGAUGAGCAUGGACCACUACUGACGACGGCGCAUUUGCAAAUCAGCCAUGCAGACGUCAUUUUGAUCAACAAGACCGAUCUAGUGUCAGACGAAGAGCUGGAGAAAGUGAUAAGCCGCGUACAAUCGAUCAACGGACUAGCGAAGAUCAAGACAACUACAAAGAGUCAAGUCCCACAACUAGAAGGUCUAGUACUAGAUCUCCAUGCCUACGAUGAGGUCACCGAUGCAGAUUUACAGUUCGCAAGCAAAGGGCAUAGCCACCUCGAUCCUACAAUCACCACAACAACAAUCACCUUCUCAUCUCUCUCCAGAUCACAAGUAGACAAGUUCGACCUCUUCCUCCGCACAAUCCUGUGGGAAGAAACCCUACCCAACAACACACCGCACAGUCCUUUCGAAAUCCAUCGUCUCAAAGCACGCAUCCCGCUCCAAGACGGCAAAAUGCUCUUGAUACAAGGUGUUCGAAACAUUUACGAUACGAACGAGUCAAAAGCGCCAACAGAUGCGGAAAGUCAAGAGGCGAAGCUUGUCUUGAUUGGAAGGGGAGUUGACCAGCCAGCUGUUAGGGAGAGUUUGUUAGCAACCCUGGAAUCGUAGUGGAGCGCAAGAAGAGUCCUGAAGCGGAGAAGUAAGAAAUAUAUACAAGAGAUGAAAUUAAUAUUACACGAAACGUACAAAUCAUAGUACGUAAGAUAAUGUUAUAUUUGCAGCAGAUACAUGCGAGUGGAUUCGACAUCGUAUUUGAACUCUGGCCUGCGCUUAAUCUGAGCACUUGAAUCGUCCAGCGGUGAGCGUAGGCUAUCAUCGUGAGGAGAAAGGUACUAGCACUAUUCGAUAUUAGGGCAACAAACAAGUACUUAAUUCGAAUGAAGAAUUCAGAAGCUGA